AUGGCGACCGAUUCACCAACUUGGCCGGGCAAAGUGCAUAAGGAGCAUCAUAAGGAGGUUACUUCAACUCAGUUGUUGAUCAAAGAGAUGCUAAAGGGGAACGAUACGAUCGAUGUGAACGACAUGUACUGUGUGUCUACGAAUGUACAAACUGCUGGGAAAGGCAGAGGAAAGCAUUGCUGGGAGUCUCCAAUUGGUUGUGCGAUGCAGAGCAUUCUCCUUUUCGUGGAUGAGGCCCAAGUUCGUCGAGUGCCGGGGCUAACCCAAUCGGAAAUCGGCGAGUAA